AUGGACAGUCUACCUCCAUCUGGAUUUCAGUUUACUGGAGAUGAUUAUGGUCCAGUUGAUUUCCCAGGAUCUGUUCCAAGUGAUAUGCAAGUGGGGAUGACGUUUGCUGGAGGAGGUCCUGUUUUUCCACAGAAUCAGAGGGGUGGUACUUAUGGCAUGUCUCCAUUUCAUCUCAACUAUUCACAACAGACCAGUAUGCCCUCAGUGUCCGGCCUGCCAUCAAGCUCAUUCCGAAGUAGAUUUUCUGAUUACAGCUCAGAUCAGACUUCACACCUUCCAAUGCCACUGCCGUCAUCUGCAUCAGGAAUGAUAUCAGACCGUUUGCCUAGCUUCAGUACUAUUGUCUCAAAUAGUGGAGGCAGCGGUAGUGAUAUAGGUAAAAACAGCCAGACAUUAUACUCAAGUAUUUCAGGGCAGCAACAUGCAUUCCUACCAUCAGGCAGUCGUGUUCAGAAUUUUGAUUCAUCCUCAUAUACAGAUCAGAUUGCUGGAAAGAAUUACAGUAAAUCACCCUCCCUUGGACCUACCUCACCAGGAAUCAGCAGCAGCAGCAGCAACUACAACAGCAUCCAACCUUCAGCCAUCAUGCAGCACACUUUACACAAUGGCAGUAGCCAGCAUUUGUCUUCACACUCGCCGAGGUCAUACAAAGAGGAUGCUGUAAACCAGCAGCAGUACCUGGCAGGAGCAAUGCAUCUGGACCGUCAUGGAGGAUUUAUUCAUGGUGGCCAUUCUCAAAAUUCUGGCGAAUCCAUGAUGCUUCCAAAGUUCAAGCACAAAUAUCUCUCCCAUAAUCAACACACGGUCAGACGCCACAUAGGGCCAUUUAAGUUUUUUAUAAUUGGCAAAACAGAAAGACCAUCAGUAUUUAAUAGAGGUACACAGACAAAGGAUGAGCCCUUAGGUGAGUUGAAAAUUAAGAUACCAAAAGCAGAAUUGUACAGAUCCGAGUCAGAGAAUGAAUUUAUAGAUGAAGUUGGUAGAGUAAGAAGGCAUCAUGAUUUACACAUGUCUGGAAAUCUGGUGAUGCCUCAAGGCUCACAGCGAAUCACUUUUCCAUAUGAUCCAUUGCCAUCACAGGGUGGAGAAUACAGUAACUAUAAUGUCAACUCCAAGAUGAAAACAGUCAUAUCACCAAGUUUCAUGGAGGCUGCGGGAAAGGCAACAAUGACUACCUGUGUUGCUAAUAAGGCCACAAUUGUUACUGUGGGGAUUGUGAGUAGGCCACCCAAUUUGAUUGGGCCAGAGCCAACAGGCAGCAUCAGUCAGAAGGGAAUAAUGGCCACAGGAAAUCAUGAUCAGAUGUCAAGGAUACCUUAUAAACACCAGAUCUCACAGAUGAGUGAAGGGGAUCCAGAAUGUGGAGAUGAGCAUCUAGAAAACUAUGAACAUCUGCUGGAAGAAAGAAAGGCCAAAGCUCGGGAUUUAGAGCAAGAACGGAUGGAGGUGAGUGUUCGCAUUGAUGACACUCAGUAUAUGCAAGUGGGUAGUGUAAAACGCUGGCAGUGUAAUGAAUGUGAUAAGUCUUACACAACCAAGCACAACUUGGUGAUGCAUGUCCUAGACCACAGUGGAAUUAAGCCCCACUUGUGCCUCAAGUGUGGCAAGUACUUUAAGCAGCUCAGCCACCUCAACACCCACAUGCUGACUCAUGAUCACAUCAAGCCGCACACCUGUAACCUGUGCGGCAAAGGGUUUACGCAGAUUAGCCACCUGAAGCGGCACAUUGCGGUCAGUGAAAAAAAUGGUUUCUGUGCCAGCCUGAGGUCAAAGCACCCAUCAGGCCAUUCUCCUGUCUCUUCUCACACUGGGACACCAUUGCCUAUACACAUGCAGAGAAAGCGCUUUUCAAACCAGAAUCAGAUUUUUGAAUCAGCUGAAAAUUUUGAAAGCAUUGAUGUUAAAGACGGAGAUAAAAUUGGAGCUGAUGGUAAACUACUGUGUCGAUUCUGUGAUCGCAGAUUCCGUUACCCAAGCCAGUUGAAGGACCACAUGCAGUCACACAGCGGGCAUCGACCUUACAUGUGCACUGAAUGUGGCAUGGAUUUUAUGAAGGAGCAUCACUUAAAGGCUCACCAGUUCACCCAUACAGGGCUGAAACCAUUCACAUGUGAUGCUUGUGGACGAUCAUUUAAUCAGAAAGCUAACCUUCAGCGUCACAAGUUGAUUCAUGAGACAACCCGCACUUUUAAAUGCAACACUUGUGAGAAGCUGUUCACUCAGCCACAGACAUUGAAGGCUCACCAGGUUGUCCAUGCUGAUCGCAAGCCAUUUGAAUGUUCAAUCUGUGGAAAAGAAUUUGGACGCUACCAUAACCUCCAAGGACAUAUGCACAUGCAUACAAACACCAAGCCAUAUGUUUGCUUUUGUGGCAGCACUUUCACUCUGAAAGGAAACCUCAACCGGCACAAGAAGGUGAAACAUGGCUUGAAUGAAACCACUGAUGUGAUGGAGGAGGAUGCAGUCAACUUCUUGAGCUCCCUGUCUGAGAGGGCAAGAGAUGAGCACAAUACUGAAGGGGAGUUGGAUAGUCUCAGCCCUGGGUCAGGAGCUGAUAGUAAUGAUGGGAAAUCAGGCAGAAAGGGCAGGAAGUCAAUACCCAGGAAAAUCACUCAAGGAGAAGAAGAAGAAGAAGACAAGGCAGCUGCUCCAAGUCAACCACAGCAAAGCGAAGGGAUAGAAUUAGAGAAAGCUGUACCUGAACAGCCUGCUGUGGCACUGCCAAAACCAUUCGUUAUACAAAAUCCAGACACCGAUGAUGACGUAGAUGGUGAAGAUGGGGAAAUAACAGCCCAGUCACUUGCACAAACAGGUAAUAAAGAAAACCAUUCGAUGAUAAAUCCUGUUGCAAAUAUGAUGAGUUUUCAACCUUUGAACGUCAACAUAGCUAGAGAUCAACUUCCCGUUGCAAAACCCUCCAGCAAGGCAGAAGAGGAACAGUUAGAACUGGAGAAAAGGCCACGACGUCAGUCACAGCGGCGUUCGCCCAAAGUUCACACAAGUGAUAUUGAACAGUCAGAAAGCACUGAUGAUGAUGCAGGUGACAAUAAUGACAAUGCAGACACUGACUGGGUACCAGGUUCUAGACGCAGGUCUAGAGGCAAAUCUGAACCAACAGAUAAAAGACAUUAA